AUGCUGGGCAUGGCCGCCUCGCAUCUCUCCGUCUACGGCGGCGACUUCGAGUCCCACGCGCUCUCUCACCGGGUCAAAGCCAUCCAGUCCCUGAACAAGGCCCUGAGCACGCCCGCCCGCUGCACCGCCGAGGCCGACGCCAGGUUUGGCACCAUCAUGUCCCUGGCCUUCCAAGCCUCGUGCAUGCCCGAGGGCAUGACCGAGUUCAUGGCCAUGAUCAAGGGUUGCCAUGUCAUCGCCACCACGUCGCUGAGGGCUUUUGAGGACUCCAUCUUUCAUGAAUUCACCCGCCAUGGCUACACCUACGACGUCCGGAACGCCAUUGGGACGGCCCCAGUGCCACUCGACCCAGAGCAGGAGAGUUUGCUCGACGAAUUUCUCGAGUCUUUGCGCGCCCUGGCUCCUCUCUGCUCGAACCCGCUGGAGGUCCGGUUCAUGGCCGCCACUGAGCGCGUCGUUAGGCUGGCGCGAAUAUCCGCAAAGGCUGCGUUUGCCGAAUUCGGCCACCAGUACACCAUCGUCAACCUCGCAAGCAAGGAAGAGUUUGAAUCCUUCAUGGACCCCAAAAACUACAGCGCCCAGCUGCAGCUCAUCCACUUCAUUCUCAUCGAGUACGCCAUCGGCUACUUCGCCCUCGGCCGCUUUGGACGGCGCUUUGCCUACCGCGAGAAGUCCUCCAUCGCGUGGAUGCAACGCGUCGCGGACGCCUUGCCUGACGAGUACAAAAAAUACGCCAAGUGGCCAAUGGACUUCGUAACCAAGCGCAUGCCCUACUUGUGAGCUGUUCCACUGCGCCUCAAUAUCGCCAUCUGCGCCGGGUGGCUGGCGCUGCCUCGAAAGCCUCCUAUCACCUUCACUUCUGCAGACUCCCAGCAGUUCGCCUUGCUGCGAACACUGCGUACGACGCCUGCGCUGCCAGACGGGCCUUGCAGGUCCAGCAGAGAUGUCGGAAACUCCUCGGACAUCUGCGGACUGGCUUCCUACCUACUGCCCACACCAAGCAAACGCCGUCCCAGCUGCUCCCCAUCCCCCCGACGGGUUUCUCUCGACUGUGCAGGUCCGCGUCGCUUGCUUCCACCCUCACGUCCAAGAGGACCCAGCCCGAACGGUUCAAACACGUCCAAGAAACGAGCCGAGCGAGGCCAGCCCUGGCGACCAAACAACCCACCCACCCCAGCCGAGACUGAACGGAACAAAGUCCGAGUCUGGCAGCGAGCUGCCAGCCAGCUCCCACUUCUACAUGCCUACCCAAGGCCUGCCUGCCUGCCUGCCUGCCUGCCUUCCCCAACGCCGGCAGCGCAACAGGCGCGAUCGCCCUUAUCAGGUCGCGCUCACGUCAGGUCAUGCCAGG